GUGGUGUUUGCCUUGUCAUCACAUCACAUGUUAUAGUGUGUUCUCUCAAGUGUCAACCAUCCAAUAUCCAAUCCAACACAAAAGAGAGUUUUCCCCAGGAAGCUUCCUACCUCGCUUCCUACUUGUUAGGCUCCUUCGCUUGCUUUCCCUUUUACCCUUUUUCUUCCACUUUCUUCUGAUUUCCUGCUCCAAAGUCCUUUUUAAACGCACAAUAUUCUGUGUUCUCCAACAACACACACUCACUCACCACUGUGUCCGUGUGUUUGUUGGUUUUCUUUUCCUAUCCACUCUCAACAUAGCAGCAGCAACUGCUUCAGUUUCUAUUUUCAGUAGUUUGUUCCAAGUUUCUGAUCAAUGGAACAUAGUUUGAAAAGAAAGUCUCCAGAGAGUGGAGACAAUUUACUCUUCAACAGAUUUUCUCUGGAUGACCUUAAUGAAGAUCUCUUGGAGAGGGUACUUUCAUGGCUACCAACUUCCUCAUUUUUUCGCCUCACUUCGGUGUGCAAGAGGUGGAAAUCAGCUGCUGCUUCUGUGAGUUUCAAGCUUGCCUGCUCACACGUUCCUUCACGUGACCCUUGGUUUUUGAUGGUUGCUCCAAACCUCAACCAAUCUAUUGUCUUCGACACUGCUGAAAACAGUUGGAAAAGACUCAAUCACCUGCACCUUCCGCUCGAAGACUCUAACAUCAGCUGCAUGCCUGUUGCAGCCUCUGGUGGUCUGGUUUGCUACCGCAAACUGUUGGGAAACUUUGUUGUGUGCAAUCCCGUUACCGGAUCCUGUAGCGAACUCCCUCCAUUGCAUUUUGCCCUGGAAAACCAGUCUCUCAAUGCGGUUGUGAUGAGUACAACUUUCAAUGAUCAAAUGUCCUAUAAGAUUGUGUUAGUCUUCGGUGAACUCCCUAACCUUUUGUUUAAAGUCUACAACUCUGGUUCUAGCUGUUGGGAAGAUGAGGCUGCGCUGAGGAGGAAUGUUGAUGACAAUUCCAUGGAUUGUGAUUCAACCGAUGAUGACAAUGUUGUGUACUUCCUUAGCAAGGCUGGAACUGUGGUGGUGAGUAGCAUGCAGAGAAGCCCGUCUAAGCAGUAUUCGUCGGUUAUUACUAACAAAGACGGUCAGGAGAUAGUGUAUUUUCUCAGUUCUUCGGGGACGGUAGUAGCUUGCAAUUUGACAUCAAGGUGCUUCCUUGAGUACCCUAGGUUGCUGCCUGUUUUCAGUGAGUACUCCAUUGAUAUCGUGGAGUGUGGUGGUGAGAUGGUGGUUGUUUUGUUAUCAGAAUUCUUGGAAAGCACAAGUCUUAGGGUGUGGAAAUACGACGAGGCCAAUCGAUGCUGGCAACAGAUUGCUGCAAUGCCUGCAGCAAUGUCUCAAGAGUGGUAUGGAAAGAAGGCAGAUAUUAACUGCGUUGGAGCCAGCGGUCGGAUAUUCAUAUGCUUGAACUCCCCUGAGCUAUGUACUUAUGUUCUGUGUGAUUUGGUGACCAACAAAUGGACCGAGUUGCCGAAAUGUUGCUUGAAUGGAGAAGUCAUGGAAUUCAUGUCUGCCUUUUCAUUUGAGCCAAGAAUAGAGGCUUCUGUAUGACACUAAAGUACCCCAGUCUGGUAUAUUGAUCUUGGUUUUCAUCCUUUUUCUGUGUUCUGUUAGAUUAAUUUUCUUCCCACUUGUACUUGAAUUUGUCAUCCAAAAUAGCUACUAGGGCUGAUUGGUAUGAAAAUAGAGAUGGAAGCUCUAACCAAAUGAUUGAUAUGCGAUUGCUAACUGAGAUAUUGUAAUUCUCUCCAUUGAUUGUUAGAUGUACACUGUUUUCAGUGAAUUUCCAAUCGAAUGCCUGUGUUGAUUAUUCUUUAUCCUA